CAGGAAGGGACUGAAUGACAACUUGCAGAGUUGUUCUUGCUCGAGCAGCCGGAAGGAGGGAUUUACCGGGAAGAGUGCGUAAAGAGGAGGGAGAGCAAGAGUCGCGAAGGACAGUCAGUGUCGGAGGUGUGGGUCCAGGAUUGACUUGACUUUCUCCGGUCCAUCCCUCCUUCAGAAUCCGCGCCGCGGAGCCAUCCGACGGCUUCCCGUCGUCCUCACCCCAAGUGUCCCUUACGUGUCUGCGCGAGGACUGGCAGAGCCGCGGAGCCUGAGGUGAAACAGAGACCAGCUGAGCGACACCAGGACUGAGAAUCAUGGAGAUCUGUCCUACUUCAAGGAAACUUACUUUGCUCUCCUUUCUCCUGGGGCUCUCAGGCGUAUGGGCCAACAUCGAAAUGUCUCAAACCAGCAUGGAAGUGGUCAAAGGUAAACUGGUGCAGCUAAUAGCCUCGUACGUCGGAAACCCAAACACUGACCUGGCCACCAGCACCAUCAUCUGGAACUUUGUGACGGACAGCACCCAGCAGGUCAUCAGCUACACCAAAGGCAUCAUCAACGAGGGCAGCCCCCAGUUUAGGGGCCGCGUCGGGUUCCUGAAGGCCAUGCCUUCGAGUGAUGUUUCUCUGUACAUCAACAACACCAGGGAGUCUGACUCUGGCCGUUAUGUGUGUCAGAUCAUCAUUCCUUCUGUUAUUGCUAGUCCCGCUGAGGUCUUUCUUGAAGUGAAGGUCCCUCCUGCUGUUCCCAAGUGCUCUGUGACCGGGAAGCCAGUGCUGAAAGGAAACGUGACUCUGACGUGCACGUCUAGUGCCGGGAAGCCUGUCCCGCUGUACAAGUGGAGGAGAACCAGUCCUACCUCUGAGGUCUUUUUUGCACCGAUGCUCAAUGAAAACACUGGGGAUCUGAAGUUGAGCAACCUGAGCAGCAACAUGUCCGGGAUGUACGUGUGCACAGCCAGCAACACAGCAGGAAGUGAAACCUGCUCCAUCACCCUGGACAUCAUCAACACCAGUAAGGUUGGAAUGAUUGUUGGCGCAACAGUUGGAUCGGUCCUCGGUUUCAUCUUCCUCCUCUGUGUCUGCGUCGGGUUUCUGUUCAUUUUCAAGAGAAGAAGAGACAACGAGGACGACAUGGCCAAUGAAAUCAAGGAAGACGCUCAGGCUCCGAAGCGCGUCUCCUGGGCGAAGAGCGGGAUGGGCUCUGAUGUCAUCUCGAAGAACGGCACGCUGUCCUCCAUCGCCUCCAGCCCGCGCCACAAAGACAACCACCACCACCUGCAGCAGUAUCCCCAGCAUCCUGCAUCGGACACCGCCUCCAUCAUCACAGCCACAGGCAGCGCCGCCGGCUACAGACCUCCCCGCCACCAGGGGGCCUCCACUCCCACUCAUUACAGCUACAACAACAGCAGCACGCUGCCCCACGGACAGCCCGCCUCCGCCCAGGCCGCCAACGGCAGUUCGCAGGCGGUCCAGGAGCGCUACGGCCACCUGCCCCAGGCCCAGCAGCUGCCCCAGACCUACACCCAGCUGCAGGGGCAGUUCCAGCCCGCCCCGUCCCCGCCACCGCUGCCCACCUCCGCCAUCACAGCCUCCAACAUCCACCGCAUGGGAGGGGUGCCCAUCAUGGUUCCCGCGCAAAACCAAGCAGGUUCUCUGGUCUAACGGAAGUGCCGCGCCACGCAGUUAGACUGACCGGAGGCUCAGCCGGGUCUCUGCAGGGAACGCUUCAUGAUUUUAUUUUAUUUUUUUAGCAAACAGGACGAGAGGAAGAAGUCAUUUAUUGUUACAGGCUUUCAAAUCAGCAGGCUACCAUGACAACCAUUCAAGACAUGCUUUUUACUUGCUUUGUAUUCACUCUUUAUAUUCUGUUCUCACAAAUAACGUAUAGAUGAAAUUCUCUUUUCUACUUUUUUAUUGCCUGCUGUUCUCCUCCUGUUCACCCGGCAACCGGAUUGUUUUUUUUUUAAAGGAUUUAUUAUUCCCAAUUUUCGGCAAAGAUAUUACAGGAAAUACGCAGGACGUGAAUCUCUCAGCCACCCUUUCUUACAACAACUACCCGAAGGAAAUGUCGUUGUUCCUUAAGAGCCCUUCACAUGGCAACAUUUAAAGAAAAGGCCAGAAUAUGUUUGAUCUCUGCAAACACUUUGCAGCACGUGGAAGCAAGGCUCCCAGCAAAGCACUCAAACCUCAGUGAGUUUCUCAGGCGCAGAUGUUUUAGUCAUGACACUCCAGCAUCAUCUUUGGCACAGAGAAUGGAGAAACCACGAGGCUUGAAUCGCAGUUUUGCAUUUCCCCGCAGCCCGACUCUUAAACAGCAACUCCAAGGGUUGAAAGUCUCACUUUGAUCAGAUAAGCGACGAGAGGAAAAAGCACAAGUUCUGCAUGUGGAGUGCAUAAUUCUUUCAGUCUACUCAAACUAAGUCAUGCCUGCAGAGCACAAAGCGUCAGUCUUUGAGCCUGGGGGACGCGUCCGCACAGAGACCUGCCAAUAGCUGAAGAAAAUACCGUAUUGGUUUUCUCCUCCGCAGCCAUGACUUGAUGGUGGAGGUGCAGAAACUUCCCGUAUUUAGAGGGAGAUUCUGCACAUUGUGAGGAAGCAGCCUGAGGUGUUGUGAUGGAGACAGGUCUUUGCAUUUCUGUGAAAACCGGGUAGUUUAGAUUUGCUGUGAUCCAUUUAAUGUUAGAAGGAUUCUGGAGAUCCUGAAUUAGAUCCGGCUUGAAGAAACGAGGGGUUGGUUUGGGUGGACGGAGUUCUGUUUGAAACAUUCUCUAGUCUCUAGUCUUGGAAACUGCUUAUGAUUCUGAAUCAGAACUGGUUUGUUGUAGCUCUGCAUAUUUUCAUCCUUUCAUUAUAAUAUGUCAAGUUUCCAGUAAGACAAAAGAAAUAUAUAAAUAUAAUAUUUAUUAGUUUCUAAAUGUGUUCCAGACAUUUGUUUCUUUUCUUUUUCAGGUCUAAUCUGUAUGGAUGAUGAUAUCGAACUUAGAUGGACUAUUUAUCUGAAACACUGGAUGCUAAACCAAAGACAAAAUCGUCUCCGUUCCUGACAUGUUACACCUUUUUACAGCAGCACUUUUACUUCAGGUCACUGUUACACAGAGCUUCCUUAGGUUUUAAUAUUGUCAGGGAAGAAUGUCACAAAUUGUUUCUCUCAGCUUCAGAAAUACCUGCUCAAAUGAAUCAUCCCUUCACUGAUAAAAACACUGAAUACUGAAAAUCCUUUAGAUAUUCUGAAGAUGCCUACGGACACCAGCUUUAUUCUCUCAAGCACAGUAGCUAGCUACAUGACAUUUAUGUUUAUGAUAGUUUAAUAAACAGUUGAUCAUUUUUGAAAUUAUAGAGGCAAGCAUAAAGACUCAAUAGAAGACAACUGUUGAGCAACGUAAGAAUUUUAUUAAUUUAAAAUUGUAACAGCUACUGCAAGAAAAUUAUGAAGCCACGUCGAACAAAUCCUUAUACAAGUGACCACGUUAGCAUUUUUACGUGCCUGCUUUGUUUCAGUUUGGUAAUGAAAAGGAAAACUGAGCUGUAAUAUAAGGCCGCAGUAAAACUCAUAGAUAUUUAUUAAACCUCCAAAUGUGGAGGUGAAACGUUGGGGACAAAAGCAGUGUGACUUUAAAACCUAUUGAAUAUUUUACAGGGUAAAAACUGUGUUGAACUAUGAAGCGCUGCAACAACGACCCCGUGUUUAAAACAAACAAACAGGAAACUUUAAGCUAAACUGUUGACAAUGGUAUCAAAAAACCCAAUCAGAUAAAGUUUGGGUUUUACUUUGAAUCGUGUUUCUGGUGUAGGGAUUAACUCUGAAGGGCUGACCUUUCUUCAUAUUUUUAUUAUUAUUAUUAGUUUAUAACCACCAAAAGUCAUAACUCACUAUUCCUGAUCAAUUUGCACAUUCUGAAAUAUUUCGUAGGAAGAGUUACAAACUAAAAAUUGUGUCAGAAAUGGUAGGAGGAAUCCAAUCAAGAGUAAAAAUGUAAAAACUAUUUGUUGGUUUAUAGAGAGAAGCUUCUCCACUUGCAGGAAUUUAAACAUUCUGACUAUGAACAAAUAAAUUAUCUUCUUUAGGAAUGUAUCCAGGUGACCACAUAUAUAAGUUUCCUUAUUGAAGAUGUUUUAUUUUUUAUAUGUAUUUGGAUUUCUUGUCCGCUUUUAAAAAAUGUUUGUCAUAUUUUCUCCUGCUGUACUUUGGACGCACGGAGACAUUUAUUAGCUGCCUGGCUUCCACAGAAAGUGAAAACAUUCCAGAACCACCUAUCCUGAAACAAAUGAGUUGAAAUGUUUCUUAGCUGUGGAGCAUUUCUGCUGAAUGUCGACGACACUUAAAUCAAACUGGAAAAUGUUUCAUUUCUUACGGUUAUCAGAGUUUUAGAGUGUGACCGAGUCGUUUCAAUGUGUACAUUGAUGAUUAUAAUGCAUUGUUAAAGUCGAGCCUUUAUUUUUCUACAGCAAAUAUAAGAGCACAUGAACAGCGUUUCUUUUUACUAUGUAACUUUAUGAACUAAAUAAAUGCUCUCCAUCACAGCUGGAUGCAUCCUAGAGGCUCUGUGGACAAACAGGCGGUGAAGCAUCUUAUUUAUACAGAAGGCUUGAAGUCCAGACAUCGGUGUGCAUUGUCCACUUGUAUUCUCCAUUCAUGUUCAUGGAAAAAAAAAAGCCUGAUAUUUUCAAAUAAAUAUAAACAAAC